AUGCAACGAUACCAUAAUCUUAGCUAUGAGGAUAAUUGGCCUCAUGAUGAUAUACUCAACACAGACGUUAUCGCCAGCGACGACGACAAUUGGCAGGCUGCAUUAUCCCCCAGCGAUGGGUAUUUUGGCGGUACGGCGUGGUUGUCAGGGGGCGCGGGAGAUGCAGAGACAGCGUCACGAGCGUUGUUACCCGACGUCUGGGUUCUGGACCCGUCGCUACAGAGGACCCAUGGGGAUUACAGUUAUCAUUGGCAGGGUAGCGCUGCCGAGGCGGUGGACAGGGGCCGGGGUAGUGCUCAGUCGGACAGCGGGCGGGGCCUGACUCGGGGUUGGUCUGGGCUCCUGCCGCGGGCCCCCAGUCUACCACAUGCUGCGUCCAAUCCAUCUAGGAUUUGCGGCGGCAACGGUUCUGUUUCUACUGCUGCUGCUGUCGUCUAUGGUAGUAUUAUAACUGAAUGUUCGGAUCGGCGUCGCGAUGGCAACGUCGAAAUACACAAUUUUGCCCCCGGAUCUGGAUUUGAACGAAACGAGACGGCGGCUGUCGCUGCUGGGUGCGGCAUAGGAUUGACGGCGAUAACGGCUGGUGGCGGCCACCAAGAUUUGGUCCACCAGCCCGUACCGAAGAAAACGACGACGACGACGACGACAACGACAGAAGAGGAGACACCACCACCCGCCUACUCAACACGGAGCGAAUACAAUUACGCCUACCAUCAUCACCAAUUACGAAACCUCAGGAACUACAACACAUUUGCGAUGAGAGACGGAGCAGGACGCGACAGUGAAGAUGAAGCCUCGGGGCUCUUAUCUUCCCCCCAGCCGCGCGGGUCGGCGAGUGGCGAGAGGCAGGGUUUAUUGACGGAGAGUCCGACAACAACGAGGUCGACGCAGAGCAUGGGCCGCGAUGUGGACGUGGAUGAUGUUGAGCCGGCGAGGUGGCGGCCGGCAAAGAGGAGGACGCCGCUGCUGCGAUCCAGGGCUUUCCGGAUGCUGUUAAUAGCGAUCGCGGCAGCUGCAAUUGUAUUAGGGUUUCUUGCAGCUUAUUCGAACUCUGGGUCGGCGAGGACGACUAAUAUCAUUGAGUCAUCUGGUCGGCCAUUAAAGUCACAAGCAAGUCUUGGAGAUCCAGAACCAGGUGAUUCUCCAAUACAAGUACAAAGUACUCCAAUACAAGUACAAAGUCAACAAGAACCGCCGAUGCAAUAUCCUCCCUUCGACGGCGAAAUCACAUUCCCGGCCAAAUCGGGAUGUGCCACUGGCAAGCUUGUCAACAAGGAGACGUAUCCAUUCAUCACUGGCGAUGCGUAUUCGCUGGUGCUCUUACAGAAAAUGGAGGGAGAGGAUCAGUCGCAGCCAGGUGUGCCCGUCAAGGUCUUCGGCGACGUGUUAGUUCGGAGGACGACGGGCGCGCCCGAGAUGGUGAUUGAGAUCCAGGGCAACGACGACAGCGUCCGGAUCAACCAACAGUGGGACUCGCGGGCGCAAAAACUUAUACUCACCGCCCCAAACAGGGCCCAGGGUCGAACGCAGCCUCCUUGCCUACACAUCCGGGCCACCAUCUCUCUGCCCAAGGGGGCGAGGCUCGACAGCAUCAAUGUUGAAGUGCUGCACCUCAACAUCCAUCUGCUCAGCAACCUCGACCUGGGAGUGCUCAAGAAAGCCGAGCUUACCACAAUCAUCGGCUCCGUAGCGUGCGCCACCGCAACACGGGACGAAAACGAAUUGGUCAGACUAGGGCAGGGAGGUGCCCCGCCCUUCUUCCGUUUCGAGGCGAGGUCGAUCUAUGCCACGGCCUCCAGCGGACCCAUUAGUGGUGCCUGGCCACUAUUCGACUAUCUCCGCCUCGAUACCUUGUCGGGUAAAGUGAAUGUUGGUAUCGAGCCCAAGCCAGUGCUGGCGACGGACCCACGCGUCGCUACGCUUGUUAUCCGCUCGACAUCGGGCAACGUCGAAUUCUGGGAGCCGGUAUACCAGGCACGGCAAGCGCUCCUAGCGCAGCAGGAUGCGGCAGGCAACGGCCUCGCCCCGCAAGGGAUGACGCGGUCCGCGGUCGAGAUCCUACCACCGAGGGAGUAUGACAUUGAUGUAGGCACGACCUCGGGCGAUAUCAAGGGCGCGGCCGCCUUUACCUACUCGGCCAAGAUGCACUCGACAAGCGGCAACAUCGCAGUCGACAUGCUCGCCGUCUUGCCGGCCGAGCUGGGAAUCAUGCGAGGCGUGGCCGCAGAGGACCAGAAGCAGAGCCUCCUGCAGACGACAUCUACGAGUGGCGGCACAGUAGUUAAGGUGCUGGAACCGUUUUGGUGGAGUGCGGCCACGAGCGUGUACUCUACGGCCCUCGAAGGUGCUUCCGGGCGCGUACCUCAACCACCUCUUACAACCCCACCGCGUCCGGUCACCACGUCCCCGGAAGAUCCUGAGCGCGGCAUCGUGGUCCCUAUCGUGAAUGGCCGGCCGGGAGAUCGGUUCAACGUCCCGUCGGGGCCUCCCGCAUUCCUCAUCCCACCGGGCGGGACAGUGCCGAGCAUCAGCAAACGGGCACCGCAGGUGCAACCGGCCGAAUCCGAGGCCCCAGAAGACCCUGAGCGCGGAAUCGUAGUCCCUAUCGUCAACGGUGAGCCGGGAGAUCGGUUCAACGUGCCAUCUGGCCACCCCUCGAUCUUCGUCCCGCCGGGCGUGGCACCACCGAUUAUUACUCCUCGCGGACCACAGGUGCAACCGGCCGAGUCCGAGGCCCCAGAAGAUCCUGAACGUGGAAUCGUAGUCCCCAUAGUUAACGGACGGCCUGGAGAUCGAUUCAACGUGCCAUCUGGCCACCCUUCGAUCUUCGUCCCACCGGGCGUGGCACCACCAAUCAUCACCCCUCGCGGACCGCAGCUUCAGACGGCGGAAGACGCAGCGGCACAACAGCAGCAGGCGCAAGCGGCCGCGAUGGGGGUGCCCAAGUUCCUGCGCACGUUGCAGUCGCGGCACAGCACCACUUCGGCCGCGGUCAGCGUGCGAUACCCCUCGUCGUGGCGCGGUGACAUUGAUGCCACAGACAUGUCGGGCCGCAUCAAGGUCUGGGGAAAGGACGUCGUUAUCCUCGACAAGACGAGCAACCGGCCCGGGGUCAACAAGCACGUCGCGGCGCGCAAGGGCGACCAGGAGGGCGGAGACGCGAGCAGUAUGGUGGUGCAGAGCAUGAGCGGCAAGAUCGACAUCGGCGUAGGGAAGAGGCGUUGA